AUGAUUCCCGGCCUGUUGAGGUCGAACAAGGUGGCCGGCGUCGUCGCCGGCUCGGUUCUCCUCAUCGUCAUCUUCAUCGGUCUGGCGCACAACCGCGUGGAUAGCUGGGACUUUGCCUCCAUAUCCCCAGGAAGCUUCCGCUCCACACCCGAACACCAUGACUCUUGGGACGACAUGCGCAAGUUCUUCCUCGAAGAAGUUGCGAAACCAUCCAUUGAGCUCGAUGCCAAAGUCUACAAGCCCUACGGCGCCUUUGAGUGGAAGCUCCCCGCUGAUAAGCCCGCUCGGUGGACGAAGCCUCUCGGCAGGAACCUCUGCAUCUUCGACCUCGACAACCGUCCCUUUGAGGAGGACGGCAUGAUCUUUGGCCAGCAACCUCUGAGCUGGAACAAUGCGACGGCGAUUCAUGGUCUUUCGCUCGGUGUACUCCAGCACUGGCUCUAUGUGCACCGAGUACCGCCACGCCGGCUGGGGACGCCAUCGGACCAGGGAGGGUUCGGCAACUUCAUUCGAUACGACUACGCCAACGAGGUCAAGGAGCUGCCUUGCGCCGAGGCCAACGGCUUCCCCGAGGAUCGCUCCGAGUGCAUCGGCACCUUUAUCAAGCACCUGUGGGCCGGCAAGCAGGACCUCAUCAAGAUCGCCAUUGGGCAGCAGAUUCCGGGCAUGUACCUGGAAAUGUUCCACAAGCAGAUGCUCGCCGAGAAGAGCGAGUACUACCUGACCGAGGAGCAACUGAUGAGCCCGAGCUGGGCCAACGUCAAGACGUACCUCGGCACGUCUUCUCCUCUCGCCGUCGACCCGUAA